UCCGUUUCGCACUUGAACCCCUCUCCUCCCGAUCCCUUCCUCCUCCUCUCCUCUGCGCGGCGCCAACCGAUCGCCUCCCUCAAACCGACGGCGCUUCCUCUCCUCCCCUCGCGUACAAAACCGCCGGCGGAAGCUUCGAGUCCUUCCCAUUUCCUCUUCCCCUUCUUCCGUGCCCUAGCCAGCCCCGACGCCACUGCCGCUCUCCCUUCUUCCCUUUGCGGCACUGCCGACCACCGGAUCGAGUCGGUGUCAUCCUUCCUCUUGUGUCGUGCCCUAGUUUUGGUCUCUCGCCGGGGCGUCUCUGCUCGGGUUGGUUUCGGACAGGAGCAAGCAGUGCCGAGCCCUUCUUCUCGCGUCUCUGCUCGACACUGCCGAAGCCGUCAUCGCCGUGCCCUAGAUCCAUCGCGUUCUUGUUGCGAUCCAUGCCUAGCAGAGGUCCUUAAGUAGGAAGGGUUGUUCGGUGGGCUUUCUUGGGUUCCAGCAGCAACGAUCCUUGGUUGUGGAUCAAUGGAUGAGGGCUGUAAGGUGAGGUUGAGUGCUGUGGAUCAACAAGCACAGCAUGUGAGAUAGAGAUAUUGUGUCCUGUGGAUUUGAAAUUGUGUGCUGUGGGUUGCUCUUUGAUCCAGCAGCUCACCUUGGUUUCGGCAGGACCUCCUUCCGGCAGCAAUCUUUUUGGUUGAGCUUGAGGACUCUGAUUCGAGACGGACGUCUUGACGUCAGAUUGGUUCGAUUGGAUCUUCUAUUUAAGGUAUAUAGAAACAUGAAAAGAGUGAUGGUCAUGAAGACUAUGGGCUACUUGCUAGUGAGAAUGCUAGGAAGUAUGUGAUUGUAAAGGAACUUGAUGAAUCUACUGUUCUGAAGGAUACAACAGUUCUUCAUUUGGAGUUUUCCUUUCCAUUUAUUUCCGCACUGGAGGAGCUGUCAGUGGAGGUGCUGGUGUCUCGUGAUGUGAAUUUUGAAGUGGAUUAUCAUUUGCUGCUUAAGAUCUGAAGUUUUAUCCACAAUUUUGCCCUAAAGCAUAAAGGAAGUUGAGCUGUGAUGACGAGAGAAAGAGAAGAUGCAACCUCAUUGGAUUAAACUGGUGAGAUUAGGGAUUUUCUUUACUGUUGCUACUUCACUGAGUUAUCUCCUCCUGCUUCAGCUUUGUUGCAGUUUGGAAUAGUCUUUUAAAUACACAUGGCAUCAGUCAUGCUCUUGAUGAGACACAAAGUUUUGGUAAAUUCAUCAUUUACUUGUAAAUUUUGGGUAAGAGCUUUUCAAUCCUUUGGAAAUGAUCUCAGACAGAUUUUGCCAGCCUCAACCGAUACUAUUUCUGUCAAGUUGCCACAGAUCAUCUCACCUAACCAAGGUAACUUGGAAAAGGAUUUCCGAAUUGAGCUUUUUGACACAGAGCUUUUGGGGGUUUCUUUAAGUCACAUGGAAUCUUCAAAUCAAAUGGAAGGGGAUCGAGAAACUAGGUCUUCUUCGAUGGUGAUCAAUAAUGAGCCUGUUUGUUCGUCUAGAUUAGAUAAGACUUCAUUGGAUUUUGAGGAGAUUGAGGAGUUGAUGCUUCAUAAGAGGUUGGUCUACAAGCUUGACAAAGGUUCUAAAGAAUUUGAAGAAUAUAACUUACGCUUACAUCGGAAGAAAUCAAUGAAUAAGUGUCAUGAGAGGGCAAAUCAAACUGAGUUUAGGAAAGAACAAAAGGAGCUUCAAAAGAAGCAGAGCCAAAGGGUUGCAAAACCAUCAAAGGUGUCAAAAUAUUUUGAACAAGAAGCAGAGAGUUCUCACGUUACAAAAGACGAGGUUGUAAAAUCUUCAAUAACGGAGGGAAAGAGGGUGAGGACACCUACAUUUAACCAACUCACUGAUCCAUAUCAUCUGCCAUUUUGUUUGGAUAUAUAUGUUUCAAAAGGGUCUGUUCGUGCUUGCAUUGUUCAUAGAUUAACAAGUAAGGUUGUUGCUGUAGCGCAUUCCAUUUCUAAAGACAUGAAGUUUGAACUGAAAUCUCGGAAGGAUGCAAUAGCUUGUGCUUCUGUUGGAGAAGUUUUGGCCCAGCGUGCAAUUGAGGAUGAUAUUCAUAAUGUGGUCUAUACACCAAGAAAAGGGGAAAGUAUUGAAGGGAAAAUUCAGAUUGUACUUCAGUCCAUCAUUGAUCAUGGUGUUGAUGUGAAGGUGAAGCUGAAACUGAAGCAAAAGCGCCCUCUCAAGAAGUAACAAGAAGCUGCUCAUCUUGAAUCCAGAUUACCUCUGAGAUCCUUAUGACAGGUGUGGAUGACAAACUAGCUCCUACGGUAUUGUUGCUGUAUGACAAUUAUAAUGAAACUAAUUGCUAUCAGUUGCCUACUGUAGAAGUUAUGUUAGACGUAGAAAAUCAUGUUAGACGUAGAAAAUCAUAGCUAAGUUAUCGAGCUGGUUCAUCAUGAUGCACAUUAGGUUAUAUUUGUUUUUCUGAGAUUAUGACUCAACUUUCUUCAGUUAUUUACAAGGGAUUUUCAACUGGCGCUAAUGAGUAUUUUGAAUCUCAUAGUUGCCGGGCAUUGUAAUGCUUCGUGUUUUUAAGAUUUAUUUUAUUUUAUUUCAAUGUCACUGUUGAUCUUU